AUGGUCAAUUCAAAUGGCGCAUUAGUACUACUUACGAAUCGAGAAAUGCUGAGUCGCGCUAUCCUACAAACUGCAGCCGCAACAAGCUCUUGCUCUUUCCUUAUAUCUUCUCUAUGGCAUUCUUGGUUCCUCAUAUCCCAGGUUUCCAUUGUUGCCCUUUCCUUUCCCAUAAACUUCUCAAACAGACCUUGAUACCGCUUUCUCUUCAUCACUUAUGCCUUCUCAAUUUAUAAAUACGCCUGGAGCUCGCCCACAUUCUUGCACAAUGCAAAACAGCUCUACCGCAGCGGAAAUUAUCCCCGCCGAAGACAGCCUCUGGGUCGUCUGGCAGCAUCCUGUAUCUGCUAUUGCUUUUCUUACCAUCAUUUUCUCCAUAGUUAUUCUUGCAGCAGCAUUUGUUUCCAAUGCAUGUCUGCCAGUAUACUUGUUCGACUUGAAGACGUUGAGAUUCUAUCCUACUCGCCAGAAGAAGAGAGAUCGACCGCGAAGCUCUAGUGUUACGCAGCACCAACAGCUUCGGGACCAACUUACCCUAGCAGAAACUUGAGGAUCGCUAGGAUACUUUAUUUUUCACAGCAAAUUUAUACAAUUG